CAACAACAAAUAGGUAAAACCGACAAAGAAAUUCAGAUUUCUAUGUGAUUUAAAGCUAAAUCUCUGGAAGGUACGGUGGAAAUAUUAAGUUAUGGGGUACACCACAAAUUUCACCACAAGGCAGGGAAAAUUUAAAAGAAGACACACUGAGGUUUCGAAUGGAGGAGUUCCACAACGCAAGAUAUUUGCAACGCUAGGGGCAACAUUGUCUAGAUUCUCGGUUUUAAUGGACAUUAACGAUGAUUUUAAAAGCGAGAUUUUGUUGUUGACAAGAUACCUUCUUGAUUACUUCAGGAGAUUUGGGUUCAUAAGAGCCACUCAUAAUUUUGCCAAGGAAGCAAAUAUUGAUCUUGAACAACCACUCGAUGGAACCUUGUUGAGAUGUUGGGAAGUGUACUCGAAUAAUAGAACCAAUAAUGUGGAUUAUUGGACCUUUUUCUGGCAUACAACGUUGAAAGAACUGAAAGAACACACUUUUGCGGGUAAAGCCUUAACUAUUACAACACCAAAGCAUCAACCCUUGGCUGUUGAUCAAUCAUAUACCAGCUUUACAAGAUUGCAUUUACCCCUUCGACAAGUUGGUGCUAUGCAUUCAGGUGUAAGAACAUUUCUGGAUAAAGGCAUGAUCCACCCUCACCCUGCAAAACGAAUUUUAUAUCGGAUGCUAAAAAGAUACUUUUACGAUUAUUACUUUGGAAGAUGUGAGGGUGAAUUUAUUGAGUAAAAAGAAGACAUCUAUGCAAUGGUGAAAUGUGAAGAUCGAAAAAGGGUUCUGCAGGG